GAUGGUCCUCUGUGCACUGAGGAGCAGCAGCUGCUGUGGAGUGUGGAGCAGGCUGCUGCAGAGACAAGCCCGGGGCUGUGUUCACUCCAGCGUCCACAGCUUCAACCAGGAUGGGAUCCGAGAGAAGCUGCAGGUCUUUCCCGGCGGCUCUGUUGACCUGCUGAAGCAGGACUCUGGUGUCGCCGUGCUGACCAUCAACAACCCGUCCCGCAUGAACGCUUUCUCUGGCAGCAUGAUGGUGGAUCUGGAGGAGCGGGUGACCCAGCUGGAGAACUGGGCGGAUGGGAAAGGCCUCAUCGUUCAGGGUGCUGCUGGAACGUUCUGCUCUGGAUCCGACCUCAACGCUGUCAGAGCAAUAUCCAACCCACAGGAUGGGAUGAAAAUGUGUAUGUUCAUGCAGGAUGCUCUUACAAGGCUGCUCAGGCUGCCUCUUGUUUCUGUUGCUUUGGUGGAGGGGAAAGCUUUGGGAGGAGGUGCUGAGCUCCUUACUGCCUGUGAUUUCAGAUUAAUGACAUCAGGCAGUUUGAUCCAGUUUGUCCACAAACACAUGGGUCUGGUCCCAGGCUGGGGCGGCGCUGCUCGACUCGUCCGCAUCGUCGGAAGCCAGAAUGCUCUGAAGCUGCUCGGCGGCGCCGUGAAGGUGGACUCUAAGCUCGGCUGUGACAUCGGACUCACAGACGGGGUCCUGGAGGACGACCAGGAAGUGACGGGUGUGGGCACCUCCCUGCAGCGGGCCGAGAGCUGGCUCAGCCGCUACGUCGAAGGACCCGCUCCGGUCAUCCGGGCCGCGAAGAGAGUGGUGCUGUCGGGGAGGGAGCUGCCUUUGACGGAGGCUCUGAGGAUGGAGAAGGACGUGUUUGGGACAGUGUGGGGCGCUCCAGCCAAUCUGCAGGCCCUGGCCAGCAAGUCCAAACACAGAUGAUUGGGUUACAUCAGCCGAGACGUGAUGAAGCUUCAAACAGACUCAGAACAUUGUUGCUGGACUGAAACCCGUUUUAAAUAAUUUGAUGUUUAAUUUUGUGUCUUUAAUGUGGACUGUUUAAUCUGUUUUAAUAGUUGGAUUAAUCUGUCAGUUUAUUGCUUUAGGCUCACAGGCUCACAGAUUGUUGUGUAUAAAUCCUGUUAGCACCGGAGCCGAGACACAAACACAACGAGACUCAUGAUGCUGCAAAAAUGCAGAGCUGUGGUGUGAUACAUUUAAAUAAACAAAGUUACGCUCCGUACAUUUACAUCACGGUGCAACACAGA